CCUCCCCCACCUCCGUGCUCCUGUUUCACUCAAAGAUGGCGUCUGCUCUAGAACCCCUGCUCUGUGGCUGCAUUUUUAGGCUUGUUGUUGUCUCCGUUUCGCACGGUUUUGGCACCUUCUCCUCGGCAGGAUCGACACGAGAUUCCGGGUUUGUCAGCUUCCGAAGUGCAGUAGGCGUGAUGGUGAUCAGUCGUGGCUGUUCCCUGGGGUGAGAUAUCUGCUCCGUCCCUGAGCUGAGAAGCCCAAACUGCUGGACGAGUAAAGGACAGCGAGAGACAACAAAUUAAGACGAGGAAACGUGGAUGCUGAAAACAUUUCCCAUCUUGUGGAAUGUUAUAAUCUACAGACUGCAUUGCCCUCACCUUUAUCAUUGAAGCACUACUUUCAUGUCUUGGAUACCAUGAUUAUCUUUCACAACUUGCAUUGAGAAUUGGCUGGUUUGCCAGUGGCAGGAAACUUGACCUAGACCUUUUUUUGUCCGUGUAAAGGUGUUUUGCUACAGGGACAGUGGAAAACACCAUAUUUUUCGUCAAGAUCUACUCUACCCUACAUUGUGUGCUGUGGGAGUUUAAGUUGCUAAUAGAUCUGCUACUUCCUCCACUCCCCCUGCUUCUCGCCAGGGACCUUCACCUGGCUGGGAGUGGGUGGUCGGUGGACUGGAUUUUACCAGGUGGAGGGUUGGCUCAGGGGUUUGUGCUAUGGUGAGCUGCUCAUUACCGUGUUGCUCAUACUCAGCUUCUGAGGGAAUCUCUGUGCGACCCCAGGACAAGGGAUAGUACGCAGGCAGAGGGCAAAGAGGAAGAGGAGGCGGCGCUACGGCGCAGGCCAGGUGUUUCCUUGGCUUACAGUUCCUUUUUUGUGUGUGGUCAUUGCGGUAAGGCUUCAGGGCCCCCGCACCCACCUUGACCGCAGCCAUGGUGAAACUGGCCAACCCAAUGUACACCCAAUGGAUCCUAGAGGCCAUCAAGAAAGUGAAGAAGCAGAAGCAGCGACCAUCAGAGGAGCGCAUUUGCAAUGCAGUCUCCAUGUCCCAUGGUCUGGACCGCAAAACUGUUUUGGAGCAGUUAGAGCUUAGUGUCAAGGAUGGUACCAUCCUUAAGGUCACCAACAAAGGUCUCAACUCCUACAAGGACCCUGACAAUCCAGGGCGCUUGGCUCUGCCCAAGCCCAAAGGUAGUGGCAGCUCUGGAGGAGGAGGAGGAGGAGGAGGAGGAAGUGGUGGUAGUGGUAGUGGUAGUAGUGGUGGAGGAGGAAGUGGAGGUGGUAGUGGCGGUGGAGGCGGCGGUGGAGGCAGCAGCAGCGGUGGUGGUGGUGGUGGUGGUAGUUCUCACUCUCAUUCGGUGAAGAAACCGGGACUCGACUGGAACAAGUUGAUCAAACGGGCACUGGAGGGGCUCCAUGAGCCUGGCGGCUCCAGCUUAAAGAACAUUGAGCGCUUUCUCAAGUGCCAGGCUGAUGUGGCGGCCUACUUGUCAGGCAGCGGCUCCAUGGGGCCUGGGCUCUUCCACCAGCAGCUGAGGGUGGCCCUGAAGAGGGCCGUGGCACAUGGACGCGUGGCCAAGCAGGGUCCUAUGUUCCAGCUCAUCAGCCGCAGCAGCUCCCUGGAUGACGGGACCGGGACGGUGUCUCUGGAAUCACUGCCACCUGUACGGUUGUUGCCCCAUGAGAAAGACAAGCCGGUGGCAGAGCCCAUCCCCAUCUGCAGCUUCUGCUUAGGGACCAAGGAGCAGAAUCGUGAUAAGAGGCCGGAGGAGCUCAUCUCCUGCGCCGACUGUGGCAAUAGUGGCCACCCGUCCUGUCUCAAGUUCUCCCCAGAGCUCACAGCGCGAGUCAAGGCUCUGUGGUGGCAGUGCAUCGAAUGCAAGACUUGCAGCAGCUGUCAGGAUCAAGGAAAGAAUGCGGACAACAUGUUGUUCUGUGACUCCUGUGACCGGGGCUUCCACAUGGAGUGCUGUGAUCCCCCCCUCACGCGGAUGCCAAAGGGCAUGUGGAUUUGUCAAAUCUGCCAACCCAGGAAAAAGGGAAAGAAGCUUUUACAUGAAAAGGCAGCACAAAUCAAACGGCGCUACAACGCCCCGCUGGGGCGGCCCAAGAACAGGCCGGGGCGGCCCUUCAAGAAGUUGGGCGGGCGAGGUCGGCGGAAGCGCUCGGCCUCGGCCAACUCGUCCUCCAGCUCCUCCUGCGAAGGUUACCCCGGCGACGACCGGCUUCUCUUUUCAAUGAGGGACGACGACGACCUGUCGCAGGGCAGCAUGCGCUUCAACAACAAGACCAAGGGCCUCAUCGACGCCCUCACAAAGUUCUUCACACCGUCGCCCGAGGGCCGUAAAGCACGGCAGGAAGUGGUGGACUAUUCACAGCAGUGUCGCAUCCGGAAGAAAGCCUGUCGCAAAGGAGAAGGAGACGAUAGAGACAAUCAGGAAGGCAGCGACUGGCGUGACGAAGAUGAGAAACUGCCCGGCCACGAGAACCUGACGGAGAAAGACAUCGAACUGUUCAGACACAUCCAGGAGCUGGCCCUGCAGAAAGUCGGGGUGACGGGUCCUCCAGACCCUCAGAUGCGAUGUCCGUCAGUCAUCGAGUUUGGAAAGUUUGAAAUCCAGACGUGGUAUUCGUCACCCUACCCCCAGGAGUACAGCAGACUACCGAAGCUCUACCUGUGUGAGUUCUGCCUGCGCUACAUGAAGAGUCGCAGCAUCCUGUACCAGCACAUGAAGAAGUGCAGCUGGUUCCACCCGCCUGCUAACGAGAUCUACAGGAAGGAGGACGUCUCUGUGUACGAGGUUGAUGGGAAUGUGAGCACAAUCUACUGUCAGAACCUGUGUCUGCUGGCCAAGCUGUUCCUGGACCACAAGACCCUCUACUACGACGUGGAGCCCUUCCUCUUCUAUGUCCUGACUCAGAACGACAGCAAAGGUUGCCACCUCGUUGGCUACUUCUCCAAGGAGAAGCACUGUCAACAGAAAUACAACGUGUCAUGCAUCAUGAUUCUUCCUCAGUACCAGCGCCAGGGCUACGGACGCUUUCUCAUCGACUUCAGCUACUUACUGUCCAAGCGUGAGGGCCAGCCAGGAUCUCCAGAGAAGCCUCUGUCGGACCUCGGUCGACUGUCCUACAUGGCCUACUGGCGCAGCGUGGUGCUGGAGUGUCUCCAUGAGGUCCGCGACCGCCAGAUCACCAUACGACAACUUAGCAAACUGACGGGGAUCUGUCCGCAGGACAUCACCACCACUCUGCACAGCCUCAGCAUGCUGGAGCAGCGAGGAGACGGGCUGGUCCUGGUGCGACGGGAGAAGCUGGUGUCCAACCACAUGACUCGUCUCAAGGCUCGGCCGCGGCAGCUGGAUGUCGACCCCGAGUGUCUCCGCUGGACUCCCGUCGUUGUAACCAACACUGUGGUGUCUGAUGCCGACGACGACGAUGAUGAGGAGGAUGAAGAGCCAGAGGAAGACAACCGCAAGGAGAUCAAACCAAGUCACAAGGUCCCACCGAUGUCCUGGCACAUGCGCCAAGCAAAGAAGAGGGAGGAAGACGAGGAGGAAGAGGAUGAGGAGGAGGAAGAAGAGGAAAGAAAGGGCUUCCUGGGGUUUCCCAUUAGCCAAAGCUCUCCAACGUCCCCUCCCAUCCGCUGUCCACCUUCGAUCCCAGAGCCACCACGUCCCCCUCCCCCAACAAAUGGAGAGCGCAGACCACGGGGGCGCCCACCCAAAAACUGGCCUUGGGGCAAGGUGAAGGACAGCGCGCGGGUGGGACGGCCACCUAAGAUCCGCCCGGUGGAGGACGAGGAUGAUGAAGACGAGGAGAGGACAGAGGGAGGAAAGAACACAGGCUCUGCCAGCAGCCCCCCCUCCCUUUUCUCCGUGGACAGACAAGCAGAAUCCACAGCCUUUCACUCACUGGACAUGGCAAGGCACCCCUCCAUAACCCCCACACGAAGAGGGCGGCCCCCAAGGAAAAAGAGAGGCCCUAAGCCCAGAUUGAUGGACGGGCCCGGAGACGGGCUGGCACAGCUUCCUGUGGUGUCCAGGUUGAGUGAGUCUCUGCCUGUCAGGAAGAGCUGCUUCAGUGAAAGCAGCGAGGAAGAGGACGAGGACGACGAUGAUGAUGAUGACGACGAAGAUGAUGAUGAAGAGGGGAGGGCAUGCUCCCCACCCAUCCUCACCAAGCCUGCCAUGGGGCUGAAAUGCAAGAAGCCACUGAGGAAGCGUCGUAUUCGCCAGCGCAGCCACCCUCACAGCAGCGUGGUGACGGAGACGAUUUCUGAGACCACAGAGGUGUUGGAUGAGCCCUUCAUAGACUCCGACUCAGAGAGGCCUAUGCCGAGGCUGGAGGAGGAGACGCCCCUGGGCCACCCACUGCACCGCUACCCCCCAGCCCGCUCCGCCCUGAGGUUGUCUGACCCCGCACCCAAAAGGGGCCGGCACUCCCACCUCACGGAUUCAGAGGAAGACGAGCUAACACCUGUGCUGAAGCCUGUGGCUGCUCUGCCAGCAACUCCAUCAGAGACACUAGCGGCCAACCCUGAGGUCCCAGUGAAGAAGAAGAAAGGCUGGCCCAAGGGAAAGAGCCGCAAACCGCUGCACUGGAAGAAACGAGGACCUGAAAAACCACCUACAGCUGGAGAUAGUCAGGCCCAAAGUGGGGACCCGCCACCGCCCAAAAUCAAGAUGAAGCCUGGCCGCAAGCCCCGGAGCUGGUACCUGCAGCGGGCCCAGGAGGAGGCGGAGAGGCAAGAGCAGGAGAGACCGAGGAUGUUGGAGCAGCAGCUUGAGAAAGAUCCUCAGCUUCUCCAGACAGACGACCGUAACAGCAAGCGAGUGUGCAGAACCAACGCUGACAGGGACAACAAACAGAAAGACUCUGAUGAAGAAGAUGACUAUCUCCCUAAGCCUAUUGAGCAGAAAGUGCCCAAGAGGCGAGGGAGACCGCCCAAGAACCGCUCCCUCUGCCAGCCACCGCAGCCUGCCCCCAAACCACCUCCCACCUCUGAGCCAGAGGAGGAAGAGGAUGAGGAGGAGGAGACUGAACGAGCCUGGGAGGAAGACAAACCCAGCUGUCCACCGUCCCGGCCCCUGCUGUCCCCUUCUUCCUCUUCCAUGUCAGGGCCCCGGGCCCCACAGUCCCGGCCUCAGGACACAGAUAUGGGCGACAGGGAAGACGAUGAUGACGAUGAGGAGAGGGAGGAAGAGGAAUGUGGCAGCAUGGGCAGCGGUGGCGGUAGUAUUAACAGACGAGCAGCAGUCACACCGGGUUCAGGAAGCAGGCGCAGUGAGGACCACGAUGCAGAUGAUGAAGGCGACGGACACUUGGAGGACAAGAGCAACAGCAGCAACAACAGCAGCAAGAAGAGAAAAAGUCAGGACUCUGAAGAUGAAGAUGAGGAAGAAGACGAGGAUGAGGAGCCCGCCUCCCGUGCGAGCUCCCCUCCGGUCAAAGAAGAACCCCAAGGUGGAGAGGCUUUUUUAGACAUGGAGAACAGCGUGGCCCGGGACUAUGUCAGCAAGCAGGAGGAGGAAGAAGAGGAGGAGGAGGAGGAGGCUGAGGAGGAGGUGCAGGAGGCAAAGUGUCGGCCCUCCUCGGCCGACCCACAGCAGGAGGAGCGGCGGCGCAGAGAGCAGGAGGAGUCUGCGGCGGCGGCCGCGGCAGUGGAAACCGUCACGGCCAUGUCUGUUCCCUCUGAGCCCAUGGAGCUCCAGUCUCUGCACCCGGACGACAAAGACGUCACACUUUUGAUGGAACCCCAACACGCACAUCCACACUCCCACCCUCACCAGCACUCUGACUUUAAAGAGGAGCUGGGCCACCAUCACCCACACCACCCCCAUCACCACUCCAAUGAGCUGGACCUGGAGACGAUGCAGGCCGUCCAGUCCCUGACGCAGGGGGAAGCCCAGGACGAAGAGGCUGAACCCCAGCCACACCAUGGGGCCUACCAGGACUGUGAGGAGACCCUAGCUGCCUGCCGGACGCUGCAGAGCUACAGCCACGCGGGGGAGGCCGAGGAGGAGGCUCUGGCGUUAGUAGAGGAGUGUGGGGCAUCCCAACACAGCAGCCCGCUUCCUAAUCCCCCAGUGCCGCCUCUGCCCAGUCAAUCUGUGCGCUCGGUGAACAGUCCGGGGUUGACCUCGGGUAUCAUGGACACAACACCCGUAGGACCAAGGGGAGGCACGCCCGUCCCCUCUGGAGCAGGGGGCGGCGGUGGAGGAGCUGGAGGGGGGUACACCCAGAUCACGCCAGAGCAUCCCAGUUCUCUGUCUGCCCCCUCCCAGCAGAACAUGGAGACGUCGCCAAUGAUGGAUGUACCGUCCGUGUCGGACCACUCGCAGCAGGUGGUGGACAGCGGCUUCAGUGACCUCGGCAGCAUAGAAAGCACGACGGAGAACUACGACAACCCCAGCAGCUACGACUCCACCAUGGGUGGAGGGGGUAACGGAACAGGGAACGGAGGGGGAAUGUCGGCCGCUGUAGUUGCAGGAGCUACAACGGCUUCCUCGUCAUCCUCUUCUUCAAACUCGGCCACCCCGUCCUCCCAGUCUAACAGCUGCUCCUUUGUGCCGGCACCCAGCCUCACAUCUUCCACAGGAACGGGAGGAUCCCAACACCCGAUGGGCAGCUGUAGCCUCAUCCAGCAAACAGGACCAGGGCCCAACAGCGCACCCAGUGCUGGUAAUGUAGGCAGUGCUGUGCCCCAGCCCCCGCCACCCCCACCACCGUCCAACACUCCCAACUGCAGCAUUAAGUCUCCUCAGAGCUGUGUGAUCGAGAGGCCUCCCAGCACUAACCAGCAGCAGCAGUCACAAAAAAAGGUUCCUCAGCAGCAACAAGCCCCCAACCCUCAGCCUCCACCGUCCGCACCGCAGCAGCAGCAGCAACAGCAGCAGCAGCAGCAACAGCAACAACAGCAGCAGCAACAGCAACAACAACAACAACAGCAGCAGCAACAACAACAACAACAACAACAACAGCAGCAACAACAGCAACAGCAGGCCCUAUCCCAGUGUAGCAUGGGCAAUGGCUUCUCCUCCACCCCCAUGAUCAUGGAGAUCCCAGAGAGUGGCGGCGGAGGAGGCGGCCGCACCCUGUAUGAACGCAUGGGUCAGGACUUUGGCACAGGGGGCUACCCCCAGCCCUCAGCAACCUUCAGCCUGGCCAAACUCCAGCAGCUCACCAACACCAUCAUGGACCCCCACGCCAUGCCCUACUCUCAUUCAGCCUCCGUCACCUCCUACGCCACCAGUGUUUCUCUCUCCAACCCCGGGCUGGCCCCUUCACCCCACGCUCCCCUCUCUCAGGGCCAGCCCACUAUGACGCCUCCUCCUAACCUCAGCUCUGGCUCCAUGAACCUGGGCUCCCUGCAGCUGCAGUGCAACAUGCCCACCGCCAACAUCGGUCUGGGACCCCCGCCACACACGCAGCGGCUGCAGGGCCAGAUGGCUACAGUCAAAGGCCACAUUUCCAUCCGGUCCAAAGCCACUCAGCAGCUGGCUCCGGCCCCUCACCAGCAGCAGCUCUAUGGCCGCAGCUCAGGGGCAGUGGCCAUGCAGGGCACGCCGCGCACCUUGGCCGUGCAGCGAGGCAUGAUGCCAAACCUCAUGCCCACGCCAGCACCAUACAACUCCAUGAACAUGCCCCUGAACGCCAUGUCAGCCGGCUACAGAAUGCCCCAACCCAUGAUGAACAGUGGCUACCACAGCAAUCCCCCUUACAUGAACCAGCCAGCUCAGUACCCCAUGCAGAUGCAGAUGGGCAUGAUGGGCGGGCAGGGUUACCCGCAGCAGCCUAUGCAGCCCAAUCACCACGGCAACAUGAUGUACACUGGCCCAUCCCAUCACAGCUACGCUGGCGUCCCAAAACAGUCAUCUUACAUGAGCAGAUGAGCAGCCGAGAAGUGAGAGAAGGAGACAUGAGCUGAUACUCGCUGUACUCUAAAUGUCCAUUUCUCCUGUUCACCCUCCCCAGUGCCGCGGCAGGCACCGGGGAGUGACGGUGAUUGGAGACAGAGAGGGUCUUUGGGUUUCCUGUUUUUCUACGUUGUCAUUUUGUCCCUUUUUAUUUGGGCUCGUUUCCCCUCCCCUUCCCAGCGAGCAAGUCGCUGGGGCUCUGGGUUGGGGGGGUGUGAGUACAUGGACCUUCUGCCGCGGCGUGCUGCUGCAGGCCAGGCACACACCGCCCUCUGUAAUGUGAUUUCACACAGGCCCGGGGUGCUCCAGGAGGAGAGCAGGGGAGGACGAGAACGACGUGGAAGAUACACAGAGAAAGACGAUACAGGAGAACCUCUCUUCAGACUGCGAAUGAAAAACAGUGGUUAACUGAAUAUAUUCAACCAUGCACACAAUCUUUUAAGUGAUAUAGGAAGCCUUACCUUGGAAAAAAAGAGACAAUGAAACAUUGUAGGCGGACUUUUGUUUUGUUAAACAUAAUGUUGAAUAUUAUUUUUGUUGUCGUUGUUUUUUAAAUACUUGUGUGCAGUCCGACCUCUUAUAUGCUUUGGUCUUUAUAUGUGUGGCAUUCUGAAAUGGUGAUACACCCCCACACCCCACCCCCCGCUCGCUCAGAAAUCCCCGAAACAUCUUUGUCAGACGGCUUUGCACCUAGUUCCAGAAAAAGCAUAGGAGCGGGGCCUCCAGGUGUUCGAGGUGUCGAGCGGUUCUUAGAGUCUUCCCGGAUGGAUCAGCAAAGACACAGAAGAGACGAGCGCGCUACCGUCUAUUAAAUGUCCAUAAAUGAAACAAGUAGCAUUGUUUCCCAGUUUGCCGCCACUCUGAAACGUUCAGAUGUAAAUAUUCUGGUACUUCCCAAUAUCCAACACACACACACACACACACACACACGCUGUUCUAGCUGUCGCCAAUCGGUGGCUAGCUCAGGAAAGUAAAAACAUUGAGCUGUUCUUGUCCACACUCCACUGACAGACGGUGUAUUAUGUCAGCCUUUUUUAGCAGUUUAGGGAAUGCAGAACAAGCGGUGGGGAUUUCCAUUUAACUGCUUUAAGGAAAAUCAGUUAGCUGACCUCUCCUCCUUAAGUGUUAGUGACCCAGAGAGGUCCCGGAGUCUGCUUCUGAAUGGUGUAUUCUGUUUAUUCUAUUUCUUUUUUGUUUUCUUUUCCGCAAAAGUCUGCACUCCCAUUGGCUAGAUGGCAGGACAGUUGGCCUUUAUAAAAGGUGCCUAAAUGCCUGAUCUAGUGCAUGGUUUGGCCCUCACGUAGAGGCACACUCGUGUAAAAGCAGGGUCGGAGGCGAGUCGGCGAUCGAGGUUCUGUUGGUUGACCUUGUUGCUCCAUGUACCAGUAUUCAAAGUCAAAAGAGGAGUUUUCAUUUUUCUUACAGACCUGACAUGGCAUACUUUAUUUGUGUGUAUUGUUCUGUUCUCUACUUUUAUUUUGUGUUUUUGUUUCUUUCUGAAUUUUAUCAGACUGGGCAGCUUUCUUUUAUGACACGAGCUGACUCUUUUUGACUUUAGAAAAACCUAUUGUAGAGAAAAUGUUUUUUCUAUAACAUAAAAAGGAAACUCUGACAUUGAUAUUGGUACUGUCAUUUUUUUCACUUCUGUUUCAGGAAAAAAAAAACAAUACAUAUUUUUUAGCUCGCCUCUUGGGUAUUACUUACUAAGAAAUUCAAAAUUUAAAAAAAUUACCACUCACUUUUAGUGACUUUAAGAUGCCUUUAACCUCUCCAUUCCAUCUCAUCUCUAGAGUUUUUCUAUCUUUGUGUAGUAUAUUAAUGCUAUUUUAAACAAAAGGACUACAAAUAUCUAAAGGUCACUUGGCAUUCUUUUCCUUUGUUUUUUUACUUGUGUGUGUGUAUAGGAUGACUUCCUUACAUUUAAGAGGCAUGUAAAAAGGAGCUCAGUAUAUUUCUGUCUGUUUAUAUCGCUUCCCUUUUUGUAUCCUUUGUAAUUGUACAUGUUUCGUUGUAUGCUAAGAGAGCGCAAAAUAAAGAGAGGAGAGAGCGCUGGACACGCAGUGAAGGCCGCCUCGACUCUCUACUCUGUCCCUGUAUCUAUUUCCAUUUAUUCUGUUUAUUUUUUUCUUUCUUUCUUAGCAAGUACUUUCAAAGAACUCUGUACAUUUUAACAUAAAAUGAAAAUAAAUUAUGUUGAGCCAUU